CUGGAAACUUGUUACUAGCAAACGAUAACUUCGCCUGAAUUCUCUCCUACUGAUACAUUUGCCACUGGCGCCUAAUCGACCAGCCUGAAUGACGAGAGAAGAAAUCACCAGCUAUCACUCUCACAACCCGACAGGUUCUCGAGAAGCCGUAGCUCGUCGACUCACCAGAGGUAGCGGUUAGGAGAUCCUAUCUAGAAAGAGGGAUCGAUUAGAAAAGUUACUAUUUUCUAGGGAGUGUCUGACGAGCUUUUAGAGAAUUCUCAAAAAUCACGUACAACAGUAAGGCGUGUCUGACGAGCGUGUCGAGCACGUCUCCUGUUCGGUUAAUGCGGUCUGUUUUGACCAUGUCUGCAUCUCCUUGUAGACAGUCUUGAUAUAUCUUCCGGUUACAUAAACUUGAUCAACUUGAAGUAGCUUAGUUUCGCCAUUUCUAAUCUCAUAAUCCGUCGAGUAAGGCUGUCGAUAGGACGGUCUAGUAGUAGUUGACCCACUAUGGCCUCCAGCGUUGACGUGGCGGCGAUGCUUGGUCGCCCGAUUCGCGUCUUCACGUACGGAGCUGCGACUCCUGCGACGCCUGCGACUCCUGCGACAGUCGGCAACGAUGCAGCUGCGACGGCAGGCGACGGCGAACGAGAAGCUGGCUCUGCGACGGUGGAGGGAGGCCCACAGGCGGUGAAUCCGGGAGGGGAGGUUGCGGAGGAAUUCUAUGAGUUCACAACCGUGGAUUAUGCGAGAUUGAUGGCGGGAAAGAAGGAAGAGCGGUUUCUCAAGACCAAAGCCAUUCGGGAUCAAGAGCAGCAACAAAGGAAGGCACAGUUCAAACAGGCCAUCAUCAGAGUCCGCUUCCCAGACAACACAGUAGUGGAGGUCGUUUUCUCUCCCACGGACACUGUAGCAGCAGUCAGGCAGUUGGUGCAGAAGUGCCUGCUACAGCCGGAUGUGCCGUUCUUCUUCUACACAACGCCACCAAAGCGCAUGAUAAAGAACGAGGCAGAGGAUCUGUACGCGGCGCAGCUCACUCCAGGGGCGCUGCUGCACUUCUCAGCGGAGUCUUCAGCGGCAGAACCUUCUUCUGAUGCAGCCUCGCUUUUACGCCCAGAAAUCCUUGCUCUGAAGGACGUGCCCCUGCCAGCACCACUGGACUUGGAGGAACAAGCAAAGGGUAACGAGGGGUCUCAGCCUAAAGAGGACAAUAGGGGCAAGGGGGAGGUGGAUCCAGGGAAGGUGGCAGGGUCUGCUGGUGCUACGCCUGGGUCCUCAAAAGCUGGGGCCUCUUCCCGGCCCAAGUGGUUCAAAAGAUGAGCAAAAGGGCUUGCUAUGUAUUGGAUUUUUUAGCCUGAUCGGAAGGAUACAGGACUGGAGUGCUGGAGGACUGGAUGGUUCUUGGGAUGGGAAGGCCUGCCUUGACUGCAGUUUUGCAGGAUGUGCUGGAUGUAAAAAAGGUGUAGGAUGGUUGCUUUCAAGCAAGGAUGCUUGGAUAGAUGGAUACAUUGAUGGCUAAACUGAUCUUACAAGGAAGAUACA